AUGAUAAAAUAAAUUCCACAAUCUUAUCAUUUUCAUCAACAUCAUUCAUCAAUGGCUCUCUCAACUUCCUUCUCCAACUUCUUCUCAUUCCCAUCACCACCAACAAAGUCACCACAACAACCACCCUCUCUUCUCUCUCCAUUUCCCUCUCAUCAAAACCGUAACAACAAGUUCAUACCACUUGUUCUAAGCCGCAAUGAAACCUCUUCAUCAUCAAUCACAUCAUCAUCAUCAAUCACAUCUUCAUCAUCUUCUUCACCAGAACCACCACAAGAUAUGUCUUCAAGUUUCUCAACAUCAAACACUGUGUUCUCAGCAUCACCUUACAAUGUUCAAAUUAUUGUUGAAGAUGAUGAGCCUGAAGAGAGGUUUCUUAAUAGGUUUCGUAGAGAGGUUUUCAGUGCUGGUAUUAUUCAAGAGUGUAAGAGAAGAAAGCGUUUUGAGAAUCCACAGGAUGAGAAGAAAAGAAGAGUUCGUGAUGCUGCUAAGCGUAAUCGUAGGAACAAGUUUGCUAGGCGCCCUAUGGGAGAAGGGGGGAACUCAUCAAGAGGAUCGUACAACAACUACAUGGAAGAUGAUCCAAGACCCAAGAAGGAAGAGGAUGAUGAUAACUGGGAUCUACCUGAAGAGGAUGUACUAAAUUUUUGACUGCACAAUUCCCCACAUUCAGUAUGAUUCUUCACAUUUUACUGUGAGAGGCUUUGUCUGCAUGUAGAUUCUAUAACGUGAAACUGAAAUCAAUUCCUUAGACUUAAUUAUUGUAUUUUUCAACAUACAUUUCAUUUGAGAAUGAUAUUUAUAUUAAUACAAUAUGUUCAUUUGUGCAUUGAAAA